AUGAGAUAUCUAGUAUUUCUUUUGGUGCUAUUUCUUGGGGUGAAUUGUGAGGGAGAUAGUGUACUAUUUUCAUCUGCAACUGAUGUAUUUGAAAGACCCAAACCGUUGAAAGUCACGACGGCUUUAGCUACGAAGAAUUCAAACAAAAGCAGACCUUUACAAGUGUCUAUGUCAUCAACCAUAAGGAAUGUGCCUUUAGCUACUCAAGGCAAAGACAGUUCAGUCUUUAAAUCUUUCAAUGAGUGGAAUAAAGAGAAACUGCGACAAAACAAAUUAGCACAACAAGAGAGACCAAAACGUUCAUUAUUUCAUAAUAACAAUAACGGUGAUGUUAUAAGAGACGAACUAGAAAUGGACUUUGAGAUUUUUAAUGAUGAUGAGCCCGAAGGGAAAAUCUACAAGGAUAAAUUUAACUAUGCAUCGGUUGAUUGCGCAGCAACAAUCAUAAAAACGAAUUCAGAAGCACAAGGAGCUGUCUCUAUUCUUUUCGAAAACAAGGACAAAUCACUUCUAAACCCAUGCUCCGUUCCGAAUAAGUUUUUUGUGGUUGAGUUAUGUGAGGAUAUCUUAAUUGAAAGCAUUGUGAUGGCUAACUUUGAGUUCUUUUCUAGUACGUUCAAAAAUGUUAGAUUCUCCGUGGCAGAACGAUUCCCUGUACCAAAAAAUGGCUGGAAGGUUCUUGGAGAAUUUGAAGCUGAGAAUAUUCGUAAUACUCAACAGUUUACAAUUACGAACCCAAUGAUCUGGGCAAGAUAUUUGAGAGUUGAAGUUUUAUCUCAUUACGGAGAGGAGUUUUAUUGCCCAAUCACUCUCAUUAGGGCUCAUGGUAUUGCAAUGAUUGAUGAAUUCAAAAUGGAAGUCCAAAACGCAGGCGAGAAACUCGAAGAAGUGGUCUCAAUUGAGCAAAAACUGGCGGAGGAAAAAGAAAAGUGCAUGAUACCAAGUUCAUUCUUAACUAAUAACAUGUCAAUAAACUUUGACCUAGACAUCAACCAUCAGUGUUUAGCAUCCUUAAAGCACAUGAAUUUUGAUGAAUUUUUCACUGGUUAUAAGGACAAUGAAAAUAUCACUCAAGCAAAAGAUUCAUCUUCAUUUAUCCCGAUAAAUACCGAAGAAUCAAUCUUCAAGAAUAUUAUGAAACGGCUUUCAGGUCUUGAAACUAACGGCACUAUGUCUAUUCUUUAUAUCGAGGAACAAAGCAAAUUAUUAUCGAAAUCCUUCGAUAAAUUAGAAGAUUCAUAUAGUCAACAAUUUGAAGCAUUGGUUAAAGCAUUCAACGAAACUAUGACCUCGAAUCUGGAGAACCUUAAUCAAUUCGCUUUGCAGCUUAGAGAAAGUUCAAUUAAAAUUAUUGAAGAACAAAGAUUGGCUACGGAUAAAUUUAUCUCAACAACGACGAAUAAAGUUGAGGAACUCGAAAAUGCAUAUCAACACCAAGCUCGAGUUAUGUAUUUAAUCCUUUUCGGUCUAAUUUCGUCGAUAAUAUAUAUUUCCCUGACUAGAGAAUCCUAUUUUGAAGAAGAAAUGGUUGAUGAUGGUUGGUAUACCGACAACUCUUCACUUCAAAAGCUCAAAAAUAAUAUAAAAAGAUCUGUGUCAGAAACAAAAGGCCAUCCGUACACGGAAGCUGCUCAUUACUCACCUAUAUCUUCCGACUCUGAAUUUGAAGAUGAGGACAGCAUCGUAAUACCUGCCAAAUAA